GUCGAGUCCGGCCGCUUUCACACGUACUCUUUCCUCGACAUAUCUAUCUUACUUAACAAAACAGAACGCACCCUGCGAUCAUAGACGCGUCUUUCACCUUCCUCUUCCUUCUUUUUAUUUGGAACCCACACUUUGGUAUUAGGAACGCGCUGCCUUCUUUGCGUGCUGGGUUUACAUGUAAAGCGUCUCUCCUAUCAACUAGCUUUAUCGUCUCUUGGACAGCUAUUUUUGCAUGCGUGUGUGUAUACACAUGUGUGUCCCUCAGCGGAGUAUCGAGUAGCAAGGGUAAGCCGUGAGAAGGAGGUUUUUCUUCUUCUUGCGAGAUCAGCAGGAUGAGUCAGAAGACGGCUGUGGCGGUGCCACGAAUGGCCUCUACAAUUUUACUCCUCGCUCGCAACCUGCGUCCUACCACGGCAUGCGGUGAUACUGGCGGCGCCCCGGAGAACGAUAUUCACGUAUUGAUGAUGAAGCGGCACAGCAAGGCACGCUUCCUGCCCAGCGUGUAUGUUUUCCCAGGCGGCGGCGUCGAUGUGGUGGACUACGCCGUUGCUAGGGAGUACCUGUCGCGGCACUACGACGUGCAGACCCCGCCGACGGCAGCGGUGCCACCGACCUCGCCCUCGCCGUUUCUAGAGUCGACGGUCACCGCCUCUCCGGCGGAGGCAGAGACGGCGGCGUGGGCGUGUCGGGUCGGGGCCCUGCGUGAGCUCGCCGAGGAGACCGCCUGCGUGCUGCGGCGCGACGCGACGGUCUGCACGGCGGCGGAGUGGAAGGCGAGGCGGACGACCCCAAAUGAGGGGGCCGCGUCGCCCGGUGUGUACGACGUUGAGGUCACACCGUCGUUGCGGCCGGUGGCGCGGUUUGUCACGCCAUCGCGCUACAAGUACCGCUACGACACCUACUUCUACGCGGCGUUGGUGAAAGGGGCAGCGCAGGCGCUCCCCCUCGUGGCUCAGGCAAGCGAGGUGGCGGACCUCGUGUGGGUGAGCCCGCUGCAGGCGUUGCGUCGCCACGACAGCCCGUCGGACGCCUUCUCCCUCGCCCCUCCCACGUUUCUGCUGCUGCAUGCUCUUUCUCGGCAGCCGAGCUACGCCGCCUUAGCGGAGACGUGGACCACGACGCUGCCGGCCCCCGCCUCCUCGACGCAUUCCGCAUCGGCGGUCACCCGCGUGGGGACGUUGCCGUACAGCAGCGUGCUGCCCUGCAUCGAGUCUGACAGCCGCGUGACACAGGAGCAGCCGCUCAUUGAGGAUAUCGUGUUGCCGGCGCACUACUUGUAUGAAAAGGGCUGGUCGGAGCCGGAAGGGGCGUACCGUUUCCGCGGCGCGGCGCUUGGCGAGGCGACGCACAUGAUACGCCUGUGGGUUGGAUCGCAUUGGGCACAGAAGCUGAAGGACGGCAGCGUGGACCCGAGCAAGACCGCAUCCCGGGAGCUCGUGCACUGA